GAGGAACAGAAACUAAAAAGGUUCGGCGUUUCACAUGACACAAGCCAAUACAGGAAGUACCCGGGCGGGCAUCUAUCAGCGACGAAAACAACAGCCACCACGAUACGAGUUAUCCAGCUUUUCAAAAAUAAACAUGUACCGCACGGAAAACAACUAAUACUCAAGUUAAAAACUGUGUGAAAAGACGAAAAUGGAGAUGAAGGGAGCGCUCGGUGUUGUUUUGCUGUCCGUCAUUUCCUUCAUAUCACAGGUAAAUUGCCAAGAGGCUGUUUUGCAGAUUUCAAAUGGAAGAGUAUUGAGGGACUACUGUAUCGUCCACAAUCACUCCUGGACUCCUCUUCCUCAAACCCUCAACACUGCUACGGCGUACCCGGUGGCGAAUUUGACCUCCUCUGUGUUGUGCGACACCUCAGGAAUCCGUCCAGAUGUGGUAAAGGGCAAGGCGCUGGUGGUGAUGAGGGGGGAGUGUGAUUUCAGCCAGAAGGCUCUUGUUGCCCAGACCCUCGGCGCUACCGCAUUGCUGAUUGCGAGCAAUAAAACACUGAUCACUCCAUCAGCCAAUGAGUCUGAGUAUGCAAAGGUCCACAUUCCUCUGGCUCUCAUGAGGUACAGGGACUUCCUGGCCGCCAGGCAGGUGUUCGGCGACGAAAUGCAGGUGAAGCUGUUUGCGCCGCCAUUAUCUAAGAUUGAUCCGAACAUCGCCGUCAUGCUGCUGAUUUCUAUUGUGACUGUGGCUUUGGGCGGCUACUGGAGCGGAGCAUGUGAACGGGACCGACUCAACAGUUGCUCUGCAGGAGGAGGAGGAGAGGGAGAAAAAGCAGACAGCAACAGGGUCUUCCUGUACUCUCCCCUCAACGUGGUCAUCUUCGUCAUCUUGAUGUGUGGGAUGCUGGUGCUCAUGUACUUCUUCUAUAACAUUCUUGUUUACUUCAUUAUUGCCAUCUUCUGCUUCGCUUCUGCCUCCGCUCUGUUCAGCUGCCUCGAUGCAGUGAUGGAUAAAAUAGGUUGUGGAACUUUAAGCUUUUCUGUCCGAAACAAGAGCUUCUCAAUGAGGUCUAUCCUGCUGGCCGCUGUGUGCAUUAGCAUCGCUGUGGUGUGGGGGGUGUACAGAAAUGAAGACAGAUGGAUCUGGAUCCUGCAGAACCUGCUUGGCUUUGCCUUUUGCCUCAACUUCAUGAAGACCAUCACGCUUUCCAAUUUCAAGAUCUGUGUGAUCCUGCUGAGCCUCCUCCUCCUGUAUGAUGUCUUCUUUGUGUUCAUAACUCCUUUCUUCACAAAGAAUGGAGUUAGCAUCAUGGUGCAGGUAGCUCUCGGCCCCGAUGCGGCUGGGGAGAAGACACAAGGUAACAUGGUGGAGAUCCCCGCUGAACCCCAGGCUCCUUCUGAGAAAAUACCUGUGGUGAUGCGUGUCCCGCGGUUCUCAGCUUGGGCUCAGAACCUGUGUGGGAUGCAGUUCUCCAUCCUCGGCUAUGGAGAUAUCAUUGUCCCAGGUCUCCUGGUGGCCUAUUGCAGCAGGUUUGAUGUUUGGAUUAGCAGCAGGAAGAAGAUCUACUUCCUCAGCUGCUGCAUUGCCUAUCUCCUGGGAAUGGUGCUGACGUUUGCAGUGAUGCUGCUGUCAGGGAUGGGCCAGCCGGCUCUACUCUACUUAGUGCCUUUUACCCUGAUAACAUCUGCCGUGGUGGCAGGGUGCAGGGGAGAGAUCAGGCAGUUCUGGACAGGAACCACCUACGAGGUUUUGAAUUCACCCAGGGAACCUUUGCUGCCAGAAGGAAGAACUGACCGCGCCAUAGGGGAAAGUUGCUGAGCCCCAACUGCUGGAUCCUUUUUCCUUUCUUAAUGACGUAUUUUAUUUCACAUUAGAACAGCAAGGGAACACACUGUUUAUUUUGACUUUUUGGACAGUGUGGAAUCACAUUAACUGACUGCUGGAGAAGAGUCUCGCUUUAACUGACCUGAUUGGGAGCUUGGGAAGUGCUGGAUGGGGGCAAAGGAGAUGUUUAAAUUGAAAAAAUUUUUAUUAGUGCCUAAAAGAUCUCUCAUGUUCACGAACAGGAAACAGUAAUGACUUUGCCUUGGUGAUAUUAAAGAAAACAAAAUUAGAAUGCACUUUAUAGGAUUUGGCUUAUCCGAUGUUUAGUUAAAUGCAGAGUGCAGGGAUAGGGUUUAAAUAACUUCUACCUGCAGUAUAAUAAAAGUUUGAUAAUUGGGGUUUCUGUAUGAUCUUUUUGUAAAAUAUGACUUCUUUCUUUGCCUUAUAUUAAACAAACUUCUUAAUAUUC